GUUAUUUGGUUACACCACAACAGAGGAAGUUUUGUUUUAAGGUUGAAGCGAUUUUCCGCCAUAUUGGUGCACAAGUGCUCCUAGUUUGUAAAGGAAACCAACAUCUGGCAAAAUGGAUGAUUAAUGCAACUUCAUACUAUUAAAGAGUGUGAAAGUUAAGCCAGUGCGUGUCGUGUCACUUUGCUCUGGCGCGAAGUCCUGCAUACCAUGCCGGUGUGCUCUGCAUUUAAAUGCAAUGCUCGUACUGGAUGCAAUAAAGACAACAGCAAACUGACGUUUCACAGGUUCCCACUGAAGCAACCAGAGAGACUCAAAAUCUGGAUCCGUGUCACCCAGAAAGACCACUGGAUCCCGACACCAAAUUCAGUUCUGUGCUCGCGACACUUCAAAGAAGACUGCUUCGACAGGACUGGCCAGACCACACGCAUCAGGGCUGACGCUGUCCCAACAAUUGUCCUUUUCCCCCGGAAGAAAUCCCAGCUGCUGGAGAUGCAGGAGAGCGAACAAAACGAAGUGCAAAAUAGCCCCCGCCGGAAACGAGGCCGCCCCAGAAAAGCAGCCCCAAAAACCGAGCAGGCCUCCAAAAAGGACCCGCCUUCAAUCCCGAAUAAAUCCAACAAUGCCCCUUUACCAGCCCCCGUCCCCGUCCCCGUCCCCAGCAAAAACAACACCGCUAGCGCCCCCAGCGCGGCGCCUCCCGCGCCCCAGGUAGGGCGGAGCGCGGCGGCGGCGGCGUCGCGGCCCCUGAUGGCCGCGGCGGCGGUGGAGCACCAGCCCAGCGUCCUCACCUACUUCAGCUACGUCCCGCGGGUGGAGCCCAAGCCGCUGCUGCCCUCGGACCACCUGUACGCGGUGACGGAGUCGCCGGUCCGGCUGAAGAGACGCUGCAACAACAUCACGGACAAGCUGGAGGCGUGCCGGAAGAAGCUGAAGAUGGAGCAGCAGAAGGUGCGCCGCUGGCACCGCGACGUCGCCAAGCUCAAGACGGCGGUGAAGGAGCUGCGCAAGGAGAGCGCCGCCCCGCCCAGCUGCUCCGACAUGGUGGCGGAGAAGUUCAGCGGCGUGCCCAAGGAGCUGGUGAAGAGGAUGCUGGGAGAGAAGAGGGCCUCCCUGGAGUACACGGAGGAGCUGAAGGCCUUCGCCUUCAAGCUCCGCCUCCUGUCGCCCAAGGCCUACAACUACGUGCGCAGCAGCUUCAAGCAGGCCCUGCCGCACCCCAGCGUCAUGAGAACGUGGCAGGCACACGGCAAGCUGGGGGGCGUCGCCGAUGGCGACGACGCGCUGCCGGAGGCGCUGGCCGAAGAAGACGCGCACGGGAAGAAGGGCGCGGCCGUCCCGCACGCGAGGACGGCGAUACAGCAGUGUCAGUACGCCAGGCUCCGAGUCAAAGCGCAGGAGGGGGACUCUUUUGCGGAGUGGGUGGAGAUUCACAAAGGAAUGGUGGUUUACAUUUGCUUUUUCAAAGGAGCCACAGAAAAGGUGAUCCCAAAAAUGGUGAAGGCCUUGCUGAAUGUGAAGCUUUUUGAGGCGGGCCCGGGGAAGCAGGCCUCGGUGCUGGAGCUGCCCGGGAGCGUGCUCGUGGUCCCCCAGGACACGCUGGGGGGGCAGGCCAAGAGGCGGAGCAUGCACUACCCGAACAAUAUCGAGAGCACGAAGGGCCUCCAGCUCUACGCCAGCUUCGUGACUCAGCUGGAGAGCCAGCUAGCCUCCUCCAGCAAGUGCACGGAGGCUGGGGUGGUGGUCAGGUACGGGGUCUACGGAGAAAAGCAAGCCCUGGUGAUGGACAGUGAUGGACUCUCCACGCAUCUGAUGGAAUUUUAAGCCCCUCCCACUGGACCUCUUCGCUCUUUCACUGUGCAGUUCAUUAUGUUCAGCAGGAUGAGAGACACAUGCAGUAACAUUACAAUGCUCCCACCCACCAGAUAGGUUUUUGUAUAUGGCAGAAAUAUAUUAUGCAUCAGACAUUUUGUUGGGUAAACCGAUUUGAUUUUACGUUUCAUUUCUUCCAGAACGGACAAUUCUUCAGCAGUCUGAGCUUUUUCACAAUUUUUAGUAACUUGGUUUUGAUAGACUUAUUUACUUUUACUAUUGGACAUUCCUUUGUGUCCGUGCCAUUAAAAGUUGGAACUUCUGCAUAUGUCCAUUUGUUUCCUGGUCUGGAAAGUAAUCCAACCCGAAAUGAACAAGGCACAGUUUUGGUCCUUGCGAAUAGCAGUUUGAAUAAUCGGUAUUCCACCACAGCUCUCUAUGAGACCACUCAUUUGCACCACACUUCUGCUGCUGAUGUAAUUUAUGAUGGGUAGUGUUGUAUAGGUAAGAUGAUGUAUGUGGACUCCCAGGUGGAAUUUUUCAUUUUUCAUAAACAUUCUUGUCGGAAAUGCCUGGUUGAAGUGCUAGAAGAUUUGCAGCUGGAAAUUAUGCAGAACACUACCGCCACCUGACACUGUCUGUAUUAAGCAGUAGUGAUCAUGUUUCUACUGUUAAAUACAGUUGCAUCAAACAAGAGAAAUGGGGGAGACCUAGUGUGUUACCUCACAUAAAGUGCUGGUUGCAGUGAAACAAAAUGAAUCCCAAAAAGUAAAAGAAAACUAUAAUAGUGGCUUUUUACAAACUGUACACUCAGAAUAAAAGAGUUGGGCCUUUUUAUAUCAAUGCCUCAGAUUAAUGACACCGAGGCUGCAAAUUAAAUAAAAAUCACAUCACAUGAAAAAGAAAAUACUAUAAAUAUGUACCUGUAUAUUUUAGUCUGUGGUGUGUGGGGUUGGUUCAAAUGAACAGUGGCACCUGCAGGGUUCUCUCCGCAGGUACACACCGCUGUGCAGAGUAGGCAUUGUGCGUUCCUCUGCAGCCUCAAAGUUUUUCUUUUUAUUUUGUUAAAUAAAAAGUAUAAACUUCA